UCAUCAUCGUGAACUACGAGAACCCGGUUACUGAAACAAGCGAUGAGUACGAGGUUGUAUGGAUGAAACCAAAAUUUUGACCGGUACAUGUUCAUCCAGCACAAAUGGCUUCCCCUACUCUUCAAAUGACAACAUCAAAAUUAUUUCUUUGUCCAAACGCUCUAGCGUUGAAGAUUUCGAGUCCCUAUAACACAUUCCCUUUUGGGUCCAAUUUCAAAGUUCAUGUCCUUUCCCCUAAUAACAAUGGUUCAGCAUCUACCUGUUCUUCUCAUGGGUCUGUUUCAAGUUUAAAGAAAGAUGAGAACAGACGCAGAAGUGAUCUCGAAAAUCUGUUUUGUUAUGAUAAAGCUAUCCCAGAAGAAAUCAUUGAAAAGCCUGUUGGUUUAUCUUUGGCCGAGAAAGCAAUCGGUAACAAUUCUCGAUGCACUGAUUGCCAUGCCAAAGGUGCCUUGCUUUGCGCUACUUGUGCUGGUUCUGGUCUAUAUGUGGACUCCAUCAUGGAAAGCCAGGGCAUAAUCGUUAAAGUUCGUUGCCUAGGUUGCGGGGGAACCGGUAAUAUAAUGUGUACAGAAUGCGGGGGACGAGGUCAUCUGGGACACAAAUGAUCUAUGUCUGACUUUUUGGAAUUCUGCUGUACCUAAUGUUUGUGUUGGUAUUGCUUGUAAGUCAUAAUCAUUUUCAAUUUUGUUUAUGUCAAGGAUUUCUACAAUUACAAACCAGAUCAGUCUUAAGUUCUUAAUUGUGUAAACUCGCAGUAUUCUUUUGUCAUACAGAUCGAUUACCUUAAAUAAAUUUACAUGAAAGUUACUUAUA